AUGGGCGGCUGGCAGCUGAAGCUCUUCUGCUGCGACUUGGACCUCGACCUCGUCCAGGAGCUCAACGGGGACUGCGGCCUGUACGACCUCGAGGUCAGGCACGGCCGCAAGGGCCUCAAACCCGGCACUGGCACCCUCCGCCAGGAUGAGCACCGUCUCUGGGCCGCCAAGUCGAAGGCCAUCAAGGAAGAGGACGUCAUGCCCCGCCCAGAGCUGCCAAAACAGGACGAAGAGAACGAGACGCCAAUCUCCUACUCCCUCUUCGAGAAGCUCUGCUCCCACACAGAUCGCGUCCGCGCACAUCUCGACACCACCGGCGCCCUCGAAAAGCAGUUCGAGAAGCUCCACCACGAAGCCAACACCUCCAACCCCAACUGGACUCGCGACCCAUAUGGCCCUGGAUAUCGUCUUUGCAUCCUCGGCGCCUGCGGAAUGACACUCGGCGCAAAGAUCUCGACCCGGCACAAGAACGUCAUGCGCAAGUACUACAAGGACUGUGGCCUCAUGCGCGAUGCCAUGACCCAGAUCGAAGCCGCUCUGGACCCAGCCACCGGCUACAAAGACGGCACGCCACACGACUUCGGCAGCCCUAGCCAGCAAGAGAACAUGGCAAAUGGAGGUGCUCCAAAGGAGGACCUCAUCUAUCCCGGCUGCGGCAUGGCCAACGUGUGGGUGCCGGACCACAGCCGCAAGAAGAGCGAGAUGAAGCUUGCUCAUGAGAACGUCAUGAUGGGCAUCGCCUACCACCAGCCCAACGUCGAAGACCUCGCCCAGACUCUCGCCAGCCUCUUCUUCGAUCCAUCCGCCAAUGCUCGCACGGCCAUCUCCUCCACCAAAGCAGAUUCCAAGCCACAAGACUUCAUGGAGACAGCCCGCGAGCUGAUCAAAGACUACAAGCCGCUGCGUCCUGCCCGGAAGCACGAUGAUGGAGAGCCUUUCGACCCAGAGGAGGUCACUUCUACGAAGGAGAAGUGCAGAGGGUGCAGAGCUGAGACCACUAAAGCUGGCAAGCCACUGCUCUCCUGCGGCAAGUGCAAGAUCGCCAAAUACUGCAGCAUGGCAUGCCAGAGGAAGGAUUGGAAGGAACACAAGCAAAUGUGUGGUAUUUCGGAUCUGUUGGAAUUGGUGAAGAAGCUGGGCACGGACGGUGUGGUGUCCUCCAUGAAGCCGACCUAG